AUACAUCACAUUUAACUUUCUUCUCACCUUGCAUUUCCAUCGUUCAGCUUACGAGAACGCGAGGAAGAAGAAGAAGAGGACGACGAAGAGGAGGAAGAGGAAGAAGAGGAGAGAAGAGAAACCAGAACUGCGAGUUCCGAUUUGCGCGUAAUUGUUCCGAUCUCCUUUUCAUUCUGAGAAAAUAUCCGCUUGUUUUUGUUGAAGCCAUGAUAGGGUUAUUCAAAGUGAAGGAAAAGCAAAGAGAACAAGCUCAGAAUGCUAACCGAGGAGGGGGAGCUCCUGCCAAGAAGCAAUCUGCCGGCGAAUUACGUCUUCACAAAGAUAUAUCGGAAUUGAAUCUGCCAAAGUCUUGUUCCAUAUCUUUUCCGAAUGGAAAGGAUGAUUUGAUGCACUUUGAGGUGUCCAUUAAGCCCGAUGAAGGAUACUACCAAAACGGUACAUUCGUUUUCUCGUUCCAGGUCUCUCAUGUGUAUCCACAUGAAGCUCCGAAGGUUAAAUGCAAGACCAAGGUCUACCAUCCCAAUAUCGACUUGGAGGGAAAUGUUUGCCUGAACAUCUUGCGAGAAGACUGGAAACCCGUUCUCAACAUAAACACUGUUAUCUACGGGCUGUACCAUCUUUUCACGGAACCCAAUUGCGAGGACCCUCUGAAUCACGACGCCGCAGCAGUUUUGAGAGAUAACCCGAAAUUGUUUGAGUCCAACGUCAGGAGGGCCAUGUCGGGUGGAUAUGUCGGUCAAACCUUCUUCCCUCGGUGUAUCUAAGUAAGUUCUUGAUCAACUUUCAAGCAAGAUAAGAGUUCUUAUUCACCAUUGUAUCGGUUGAAGAAUCUGCUUAGGAGAAUGAAAGAUAUCAACUCGAAUCAUGUAUGUAAACACUUUGAUCGUUUCAUUUGUGGGUAUAGACAUUUGCUGUUG